AUGUCCUCUGUCAUGGACGGAUUUCCGAUCCUCAUUGUCCUCUUUGGGAUUGUGUUUAUCUUACAAGGACAAUAUCUCUCCCGAUCUCCAGAUCAGAAUUUAGACUUGUGUUGCCUUGCCCCUAUGCAGCCUGUGUUUGAAUAUGAGUAUUACAAGACAGGAGAUGUGAUCAUCGGAGGAAUCUUCUCUGUACACAAAACCAUUAAAAUGAUGACCCGUGACAGCCGUGAAUGUAAUCUCUGUACACAGUUGGAUGUAAAGGAAUAUGAAUACUUGAUGCCAUUUUUCUUUGCAAUUGAUGAGAUUAACAAUGAUCCUAAUCUCCUUCCCAACAUUACUCUGGGCUAUCACUUGUUCGAUUCAUGUGCGUAUCCUAUCAAAGCAAUACAUUUCAUCCUUAGGAUACUUUCUGGUUAUAGAAGAGAUGCUCCAAACUACUCUUGUAUAGAAAGCUCAGAGGUUGUUGGUUUUGUGGGUGAUUCCACUUUCCUAACAACACUUGCCAUGGCUGAGAUCUUGAAUGUUUACCAGUACACACAGAUCAGCCAUCGAGCUAGUGAUCCUCUCCUGAGCAACAGGGAAAAGUUCCCAAAUUUUUACCGCACCGCUCCUAGCAGCCGGGUUUGGUAUGAGGUGGUUAUUAAGGUCCUAAAAGUUUUUGAAUGGAAUUGGGUUGGAAUUAUUACAUCGGAUGAUGGCACCGGAGAAACAGAACUUCAGGAGCUGAGAAAAGAGUUGACCAGACAUGGGAUCUGUAUAGAAUUUGUCAUCUACUUGACCAACAAUGUGGAAGUUAACAGACAGAAAAUGAUGGCUUUUGAGAAGGCAACUACUAAUGUUGUUGUAGUGUGCGGCCAUUUUUUACUUGAAUAUACUGUCUUUUGCAAGGAAUCAAACGCUCUCAGAGAGAAUAUCACAUUAAUUCUUAAUCAGUCAUGGAAUACUCGUUCAUAUCCAGAGGUCAGUCUAAGGGACGCAUGUAACUGUAGCUUAUUACCUAUCUAUCCUUACAUCUACAUACCUGGAUUGGAUGGUUAUAUAGAGAAUGUGCAUCCAUCCACACGCCCUGCUGAUCCAUUGCUGGAAGAUAUUUGGCUCUCAUUGUUUAACUGUCUUUCUCCUAAUGAAAGAAAAAAUGAAAUAUUCCGAUCAUUGGGUUUUCUUCCUAAUGUCACCUGCACUGGGACAGAAUGCAUUGCAUAUAAAUUCACUGAAAGGCAUGAAACAGAAUUGUAUUUCAUCUACACCGCGGUAUAUGUACUGGCUCAUGCUUUGAACAAUAUGAAACUAAGUAGAAAUACUUUUGGAAAGUAUGGACUAAGACAAAAAGCUCGUUGCAAUGAUCCAUGUCUUCCAGGAUACAGGAAAAGUCCAACUGGAGGAAUCCAUGCUUGUUGCUAUCACUGUGUGGCAUGUUCUGAUGGGGAAUUCUCCAAUAAAACAGACAGUGAGACGUGCUACAAAUGUCCUGAUGACCAGUGGCCAGAUGGGAGAAACUGUAUUCCCAAAGGAUAUGACUAUCUCUCCUACGAGACAAAUAUCAUGGCUCUAGCUUAUUAUGUUAUAUCUAUAUUAUGUUCCGCUGUAACUGUCUAUAUAUUGACUUUAUUUAUUCUACUCCGGGACACUCCAAUUGUGAAAGCCAAUAACCGGACGGUGAGCUUCAUCCUCCUGACCGCCAUCUUGCUGAGCUUCCUCUGUGUCUUCUUCUUCCUCGGACGUCCUGUGGAUAUAACCUGCAUGCUGAGACAAAUAUCAUUUGGGAUCUUCUUCUCCAUCGCUGUCUCUUCAAUUCUGGCCAAGACUAUCAUAGUCUGCAUUGCUUUCAGAGCCUCUAAACCCGGAAGCUACUGGAAGAAGUGGGUGGGAGAGAAGACUUCUAAUUAUGUUGUCAUAAUUGGCUCCUCUGUCCAAGUUGUGAUCUGUGUUAUUUGGCUGUCAGUGUCUCCUCCCUACCAAGAGUAUGACAUGCACUCCUAUCCUGGGAAGAUCAUCAUUCAGUGUAAUGAAGGGUCAGUUAUCGGCUUCUACUCUAUGUUGGGUUAUACGGGGCUUCUGGCAGCUGUGAGUUUCAUUAUUGCAUUUUUAGCCAGGACAUUACCGGACAGUUUUAAUGAGGCCAAGUACAUCACCUUCAGCAUGCUGGUGUUCUGCAGUGUCUGGAUUGCCAUGAUCCCGGCUUAUCUAAGCACCAGAGGGAAAUACAUGGUGGCUGUGGAGAUAUUUGCCAUACUGGCCUCCAGUGCUGGAUUGUUAGGCUGUAUAUUUUUUCCUAAAUGUUACAUUAUUAUCAUUAAACCAGAGAGAAAUUACAGAAAAUAUAUUUUUGACAAAGUCAAAACAUAA